UUUCGCCAUUGGCUCGAGCAGCGCAAUCGCUUCACGCAAACCAGUUCCUGCGCACGCAAUUCCAAGAGCCAUGGCAGCUCCAUAACGGACAUGUGGGUUAUACGACUCCGAAAGAAGUGACACGACGGAUGGACAUUGUUCGGGAGUUCUGAAAAGAGAAAAAAAAGUUGCAGAUCCAAGGCGUCAGCAUCGUGGAAAAUAUUUAAUGAAAUAACAGCUGUGCGCCGCCAGCAAAAAAAUGUAUAAAAGCUGCCUGCUACAACGACGACUACAACAAAAGUAAAAAUAAAAUAUUUAAUGUUCAUUGUCCUCAAAUUGUGAAUUUAAAGUGCAUCAUUCAUGCGAUUAAUAAUACCAGAGCAAUAUGCUAUGGAAGUUCUCUCAAAUCUCACGUCCAUCCACGACGAAUUCAUGCAUAACGUCGGCGGAUACGGCGAGUACGACGACGACGAAUACUUCGGUGGACAUGAACCGGCAGCGACAUCGUCACGCCAAAGUGCCGCCGCCGCCGCCGCAACAUCAAACAACACUUUGGAGCAUUUUCUUAUCGAAUGUCGCCAAACCGCACCAAUUAUGGGCAUGGAUUAUGACGAGCCCACGUCAAAAAAUAUAUUCGAAAUUUUGUGUGAUAAUGCGUUCGUUAAUAAGUUUAUCAAUACAACGCGUAAUAAUUAUAAUAAAAUGUCGACAAAUAAUUACAAAUCAAAUAAUACCAGUGACACGUUCGACAGCAUUAUCAAGCGAAUUAGUCGGUACAAAUGUGAUUUAAUUAAUUCGCACUACAAUUACGAUAAUGACAAAAGUGUAGCGAAUUAUGAGUGUAGGAAUAUGUUGACGGCACCAAAUAAUUUAAAUAGCAGCAAUUACUACGACCAAGGUGGCGAUGAGGAUUGUACGAACAAUCGCAAUGUUUAUAGUACAAAAAUCAUUAUUGAUAAUGUGAUUAAUCCGAUAACAGAAUUUAUACUAAAUUUACCGAGGACAUUAUUCGAGCUUGCAGUGAAACGCACGCAUCCGAAUGCAACAGAUAAUCAACAAAAUAACUCAACGUACUGUGAUAAAAUCAUAAAUCAAAUAUUAAAUUGUAAUAAAUUAAGUGUAGGAGAUUGCAGUGAUGACGAUAGUUGUAACAGACAUCAUUCAUUCGCUGAAAAUAACACAUUUAAUUACUGGUACCAACAUCCCUUUAGUAGUGGCGGCAACAUCAACGCCAUUAGUGAUCACCAUAAUGAUACAAGUUUGACCACAGGCUCAAUUGAAUGCCUGUUUAAUUUAAAACUAUUUAGCAAAAUAUCGAUUGAGAAUGACGUAAACGUACUGACUAGUGGCAAUAUCGCCAAUUUAACAGAUAAUUAUUUCAUCAGCACCACAUCAACAUCAUUUACGGGUCUUUUUGAUGCAGCAUCAGGCACGACUGACAUUCUGGAUGCGCAGCAACAGUACGAGUGGAGCUUCCUUUUCGUCAUAUUUUUCAUUGUGGCCGGCGGACUGGGCAACAUUUUAGUUUGUCUUGCCAUCUGUCUCGACAAAAAGUUACAAAAUGUCACAAAUUACUUUUUACUGUCACUUGCAUUUGCCGACCUUUUGGUUAGUUUGUUUGUGAUGCCCCUGGGGGCAAUUCCGGGUUUCCUAGGCUACUGGCCAUUUGGCGUAAUAUGGUGUAAUAUUUACGUUACUUGCGACGUACUUGCCUGCUCUGCCAGCAUAUUGCACAUGUGUUUCAUCAGUUUGGGACGCUAUUUGGGCAUUCGCAAUCCACUUGGGAGUCGACAUCAUUCGACAAAGCGAUUGACGAGCAUUAAAAUUGCUCUUGUUUGGCUACUGGCGAUGAUCGUUUCGAGUUCAAUCACUGUGUUAGGCAUUGUCCACGAAGAGAACAUCAUGCCCGAACCACAUACGUGUGCAAUAAAUAAUCGUGCUUUUUUCGUACUCGGAUCAUUAGUUGCAUUUUACAUUCCAAUGGUGAUUAUGGUAACGACGUAUGCGUUGACAGUGCAGCUGCUGAAGAAAAAGGCACGAUUUGCAGUUGAGCAUGCGGAAAGUGACAUUUUCCGACGUCUUGGCGGUCGGUAUCACCAGAAACAGAACUCCACCACAACUUUCAACAGUAGUGUCAAUUCCAGUAUUCGCACAAAUAACAGUUCGGGUCGUAGAAUGACAAAAUCCUCAUCCCAAUAUUCCAUGCCGUGGCGAACGCAGGGACCGGCAAGUCGAUUAGAUAGAUCUCCCGCUAGCAUGACGACGAGUAAUUCUGAUCCGCAUUUGCGGUACUACAAUGGCUCGCAUCGAUCGGCAAUGAAACGUUCGCGAACAUGUGACCAACAAACACAAACACCGGAGAGCAUCGAGAAGGAAACGCGUCCACAACGCUUCAAGUCGUUCAAGAUAAAUUUUAACAACACCACACCGUUCAACAUUAACUUGAAUUUUUUGAGCAACAGGCGAAAGCAGGGAUUAAGCGCAAAUUCUGUGGCAACCGAGCAAAAAGCUACAAAAGUUCUCGGUGUCGUUUUUUUCACAUUCGUAUUUUGCUGGACACCCUUUUUCAUUCUAAAUAUUCUCUUUGCCAUUUGUCCGGAUUGCCAUGUACCCAACUACAUCAUCAACAUCUGCCUGUGGCUCGGGUACGUUUCGUCGACAAUUAAUCCCAUCAUUUACACAAUUUUCAACAAAACAUUUCGAUCAGCAUUUAUCCGGUUGUUGAUGUGUAAAUGUGAAAAAAUUGGACGCAACGCUCGAUACCGUUCCGUGACAGAGGGAAGAGGCGCUGCCAGUUUAUUCGCUCCGUCAGCACUUCCGUUGGCCAUUUCGCUGCAAGGAGCGCCCCUGCUAACGCCAUCGACGGUUAAUGCGACACCGCUAAACGAAUUUAGAAGUAGCUAUGAAAUUACUGACGAUGAUUGUUAAAUAAAUUACAUAUUAAAUAAAUUAAAUGAAGCAAGUUUUACUGUUGUUUAAACUUGCUUCAAAUUUAUAUUUAUAUAUAAAUAAAUAAUUGUUUAGGAAAUGUUUAGAAAUAAUUAUGAGAAGAAUAAUUGUAACGUUGUUGGAAGAAAAACGUAUAUAUUUUAAGAUAAA